AUGUCAGCGCUUUCUGUUAUUCCCAUAACUGUAGCUACUUUUAGUUUAUCCCAAUCAAGAAAGCCUCACAAACCCAGUAAAAAUUUCGCCAAAAGAUUAGAUUCACGGGUAGAAUUUCAGAUACCCAGUAAAAAUUUCGCCAAAAGAUUAGAUUUUCGUGUGGAUUUUCUGAAACCCAGUAAAAUUUUUGCCAAAAGAUUAGAUUCUCGAGUUGAUUUUAACUGCAGAGACUCUGUAUCUUGGGCUCGUAGGACUAAAACACAGAAUAUUAUGAUAUAUGGUGUUAAUGGGGUUCGGGCUAGUACGAACGAUGAGAGUAUUGAGGUUUUUGAGCAGGACGCUUUUGUGGAUGGGUCUUCGAAACUCGGAGCCGGUCGACUCGAAGCUACUCUCAAUAGCUUGAAUUGUAGUUAUUUUGGGUGCAGUUGGGUCCUGUAUUGGUUUUCUGUUGCACGUUAUUCGUACUUAGAUGGUAGAGGAACGGUAAUCCCAUCUAAUAGUAAUAAUGUGGCCGUGAGCGGACCUUAA